AUGCACCCUCUUCUUGUCACACAGCCAUCGUCCUAGCACUAAAACAAUGGCCUCCUCCAAACUACGCUUCUUUCUCUUUGUUCUUGUUCUUGGCUUACUCUUUCUUUCUCAUCCAGUAUUUUCGAACGAUGAAGAAGACGAUCUUUUCCAAGGCCUCAACAGCUUCAGGAAAUCCGCAAACCUGCCGGAAUUUAAGAAGAACGACGAUGCAGCUUGUCUAGCUGAUGAACUCGCCGACGAGCUAGAAGACCAACCGUGUUCUAGCGCACACUACAUCAUCGAGCCAGGCAACUUACCCAGGUUCCCGAGCUUCGAGAAGCUCGUUAAAAAGUGCCAUAUCGACAUCAACACGACAACAGCCGCCAUCAUUUGGCCUGUUUGCGUGCCGGAUUUGGACGAGGAUCUUGUGCUCAACAACUACACUCACUCCCAUUCCUCAAAAUAUCUGAAUGAUUCCAAGUAUUCAGGAGUUGGGAUUGGUUCUGAGGAUGAUUGGAUAGUUGCUGUGUUGACCACCGACGCAGAAAGUGGAAGCUUUUCUGGAGGCGCUGCUUCUUUGGGUACAAUCGGCAUGUUUCAAUAUAUGGCGGCUGUUUUGUUGGGGUUGUUUUUGGUUUUAAUGUGCUGAAUUGGUAUUCUAUUUUCUAUUUUAUUGUGUUGGAAAAAGUAAGGUGAUUAUUUUUUCCCUUUGAUCUUUACACAUAAUAUCUUAAUAAUAAUGUGCUACACCUC